AUGGCCGAGGUCGAGCCAGAAGAGGAAGAGGAAGAAUACCUCAGUGAGGAAAAUGAGGACUACGAGGAGAUGGCAGAGGAGGAACAGAAGGAGCAUGACCCGGCUGCCAUCACAGGUAUACUGCGAAUAAAUGACCAUAUAGAAUGUUUUACCCUCUUUGACACGGGAGCAAUACAGAGCAUCCUUAGUUUAAUAACAGCAGAGAAAACCGGCUUGUUGAGGGAACAAGACCCCUCAACAACAACAACGGUGCAUACACUGGCCGGAGAACUCUUAUCAAUACACGGAAAGUUGAGCAGUGUACCCAUAAGGAUUGGGGAAAGGACGAUAGCUGCAGAUUUCAUCGAUAUAUCGAUGAGCGGCUAUGAAGCGAUCCUUGGAAUGGACUGGCUUACCCGUUACAAGGCUCAGAUCGAUUGUUGCCGGCGAUCUGUAAGGUUCAGUGAUGAGCAAGGAAACUACGAGUUCAUAGGUGCAAGGGCACAACAAGGAAUUACCAUGAUCUCAGCGAUGCGAGCACGGAAAGGAUUGCCAAAGGGAACGAAGCUUUCUUGGUCGUAA